AUGAGUGAACAACAAUUGAAAUUACUUUCAAAAGAUGACCUAAUACUAAAAGUCUUAGAGUCCGAGGCUAUUUUAAAUGAAUUUCAAGAGUCAAGUAAAGAUCUAGAGAAAGCAUUAGAAGAUGAGUUACAAGAAUUAGAAUUAAAUAAUUUAAAUUUGGUAAAGAAAAUUGAUCUGCUCAAUAAACAAUUAAAUAAAUUAAAGUCACAGAUAAAUGAUUUGACCAAGGAAAGUAGCGAUUUGCAAGAAUUAUUGCUAAAUAAGGAUGAAGAGAUUAAUAAUCUACAGCAAAAAUUAGUCAAGAUUGAAAUUAUAAAUGAUUCGAUGGAAUCACAGGAUAGAGUCAUUCAAAAUAAAUAUGAAAUACAACAACAAUUUAAUAAUGAAUUAUUAGAAAAAAUAGCAUUAAUAGAUGAUGAUUACGAACGAGUAAAGAAAAGCUCCAUGGAAAAGCAAUUAUUCUUAACAAAUUAUGAAAAUCAAAUUAAAGAAUUAAAAAUAAAAAUUGAAUCAUUGGAAACUAUUGAUCGAGAUGUACUGAUGAUUUCAUUUAAAGAUAUGUUAAAAUCAACACCACCACCUAAUAAAAUAAGACAAGGUAAUACAAUAAAGAAGUCUGAUUCAUUACGAAAAUUGAAAAAUCUUACAUUGGACAUUGAAGCAUUUUUAGAUAGUUCAAAAUCCAAUAAAGUAUUAAAAUCACCGUCAACAACACAAUUAACAACUAAAUCAGAGAAAGGAUUAUCAUAUAGUAAACGAUUUCUGAAUCUACCAUCUAUAAAUGGUUCACCAACUCCCACCAAAAAUCAAGAUUUUAAAGAAAAACCAAAACUGUCAAAAACUUUUAAAAUUGUAUAG